UGUCAGUGUCUGUUACAUUUCAUAACCCCUCAGAUAAACCCUAGGCAAAGCUCAGAAAAGCAACAUAAACCCUAGCCAAGAGCAGAGAGGGAGUAGCCAACCAAGCCUUGCUGCAACUGAGAAGGAAACUGAUCAAACAGUAGCGCAAAAGCAAAAAGAGAAUGAGGAAGAAGGUAGACGAGCGCAUCAGAACCCUCAUCGAAAAUGGCGUCAAAACCCGCCAUCGCUCCAUGUUCGUCAUCAUCGGCGACAAGUCACGCGACCAGAUUGUGAAUCUCCAUUACAUGCUAAGUAAGGCAGUUAUUAAAGCGAAGCCUACUGUUUUGUGGUGCUACAAGGAUAAACUUGAACUCAGCAGUCACAAGAAAAAACGUGCAAAGCAGAUAAAAAAGCUAAUGCAGAGGGGGCUUCUGGAUCCUGAGAAGGUUGAUCCUUUUUCACUUUUUGUUGAAACCGGAGGAUUGACAUAUUGCUUGUAUAAGGAUUCAGAAAGAGUUCUUGGUAAUACCUUUGGGAUGUGUGUGCUUCAGGAUUUUGAAGCUUUGACGCCAAAUCUACUAGCAAGAACAAUUGAAACAGUAGAGGGUGGUGGGUUAAUUGUUUUGCUGCUUCGUUCUCUGUCCUCACUGACCAAUCUGUAUACCAUGGUUAUGGAUGUUCAUGAGAGGUUUCGAACUGAAUCUCAUUCUGAGGCUGCUGGACGCUUCAAUGAGCGUUUCUUAUUAUCACUUGCUUCAUGUAAAGCAUGUGUAAUCAUGGAUGAUGAACUGAAUAUUUUACCAAUUUCAUCACAUCUAAGGUCUAUCACUCCUGUUCCAGUUAAAGAGGACUCCGAAGGGCUUUCAGUGGCAGAACGAGACCUGAAGAAUCUCAAAGAACAACUAAAUGAUGAUAUUCCUGUUGGUCCUUUAAUUAAGAAGUGUUGUACAUUGGACCAGGGAAAAGCUGUGAUUACAUUUUUAGAUGCAAUUUUGGACAAAACGCUUCGUAGUACUGUUGCCUUGCUUGCUGCUCGUGGCCGUGGGAAAUCUGCUGCACUUGGUUUAGCAAUUGCUGGAGCUAUUGCUGCAGGGUAUUCAAAUAUCUUUGUAACUGCACCAAGCCCUGAAAACUUGAAAACCUUGUUUGAAUUUGUUUGCAAAGGUUUUGAUGCACUCGAAUAUAAGGAACAUAUAGAUUUUGAUGUGGUGAGAAGUAGUAAUCCUGAGUUCAAGAAAGCAACUGUGCGGAUCAAUAUUUUCAAGCAGCAUAGGCAAACAAUUCAGUAUAUACAGCCACAUGAGCAUGAAAAGCUUUCCCAGGUUGAACUGCUGGUUGUUGAUGAAGCAGCAGCUAUUCCAUUGCCAGUUGUGAAGUCGUUGCUUGGUCCUUAUUUAGUUUUCCUUUCAUCCACAGUAAAUGGUUAUGAAGGUACUGGUCGGUCUUUGUCGCUAAAACUUCUGCAGCAAUUGGAAGGGCAAAACAGGGAGUCUGCUAACAGUGUGGGGGGCUUUCUUUCUGGCCGUCUUUUCAAAAAGAUAGAAUUGAGUGAAUCUAUCAGAUAUGCUUCUGGGGACCCAAUUGAAUCCUGGCUUCAUGCUUUACUUUGCUUGGAUGUUACAAAUUCCAUCCCUAAUAUUAACAGGAUACCUCAACCCGAUGAGUGUGAUCUAUACUAUGUUAAUCGGGAUACACUUUUUUCCUAUCACAAUGAUAGUGAGGUUUUUUUGCAGCGUAUGAUGGCUUUAUAUGUUGCUUCUCACUACAAAAACUCUCCAAAUGAUUUACAACUAAUGGCGGAUGCUCCAGCGCACCACUUGUUUGUAUUGCUUGGUCCUGUUGAUGAGUCAAAAAAUCAACUUCCUGAUAUCUUGUGCGUCAUCCAGGUUUCUCUUGAGGGACAGAUUUCCCGUAAAUCUGCAAUCAGAAGUUUAAGUGAUGGUUAUCAACCUUCUGGAGACCAAAUACCAUGGAAAUUCUGUGAGCAAUUCCAGGACACCAAUUUCCCUAGUCUUUCAGGUGUUCGCAUUGUCCGCAUUGCUACCCAUCCAAGUGUCAUGAGGUCUGGAUAUGGUUCAAAAGCAGUGGAACUUUUAUCAAGUUAUUUCGAAGGACUGAUUCGUCCUAUUUCCGAAGUGGAUGAUGUCACGAAUUUUACAGAGACACCACAUGCCAGAGUUACUGAAGCUGCGGAGAAGGCUUCAUUGCUAGAAGAAAAUAUAAAGCCUAGAACUAAUCUUCCUCCUUUGCUAGUCCAUCUUCGUGAUAGGCAACCUGAGAAGCUACAUUAUAUUGGUGUCUCUUUUGGGCUUACCCAGGACCUUUUUCGCUUUUGGAGGAAACGUGGCUUUGCUCCAUUCUACAUUGGCCAGAUUCCAAGUGCUGUGACUGGCGAGCAUACAUGUAUGGUCCUUAAACCUUUAAACAAUGAUGAUAUUGAAGACAGUGGAUCGGAUCAAUGGGGAUUUUUUGGUCCGUUUUACGAAGAUUUCAGGCAAAGAUUUACCAGAUUACUGCAUCUUAGUUUCCGUGAAAUGGAGUAUAAGCUUGCUAUGAGCAUCCUGGAGCCGAAAAUCAAUUUCGAGGAGCGGGAAGCUACACCAUCCAGCUCAGAUGGAUUAUUGAGUUCAAUUAAACAAGUUUUAUCUCCACAUGAUAUGAAGCGACUGGAAGCUUAUACCAACAAUCUUGCUGACUUUCAUCUGAUUCUUGAUCUUGUUCCGAUUCUCACACGUCUAUAUUUCGAAGGGAAACUUCCAGUAACAAUGUCAUAUGCACAGGCUUCUGUUUUGCUCUGCAUUGGCUUGCAGGGUCAAAGCUUCACCUAUGUUGAGGGACAGAUCAAGCUAGAAAGGCAACAGAUAUUGUCACUGUUUAUAAAAGUUAUGAAGAAGUUCCACAAAUAUUUAUACAGUAUUGCUUCCAAAGAGAUUGAAUCAACCCUGCCUCAACGAAAAGAAAUUGUGAUGAAACCUCAGAGUGUAUCUGUGGACGAGGAUCUCAAGAAUGCAGCAAAGCAAGUUGAGGAUGAGAGGAAAUCCGAGACGGACGGUUUGUUGAAUCCCGAGCUUCUCCAACAAUAUGCCAUUGGGGACAGAGAAGCUGAUUUUGAGAAUGCUUUGAAGAGUAGAGGUAAGAUACCAUCGGGUGGUCUCAUUAGUUUGAAAUCCAGUAAAAAUAAAAUUGAGAAGCAUGGAAAUCAGAAAGAAAGUCAGAAGAGUGGGAAAAAGCGUAGUAAAGAUGACCAUAGAUCUAAAUCAAACAAAAAGAAGAGAUCCUAAUUAUACUGACUCUGAGAAAUAUCAAGAUGCAAGCAUUUUUUGUGGAUUGCCUAUGGAGGCAGCUGAAGAGGCACCCUUAAAGUCCUUUUCUUGCUUGUUCUUGAUAAACCAGCAUUUAUAUAUAGAUGUAGGGAGAUCUGUUUGGGAAGUAAGAAGCCCAUUAUUCUCAUGAGCGAUCACAUCAUUCUUGUACUUCUUGUUAACUGCUUUAUGUUAGAAUUAGUAUAUAAUUAUACGGAGUUUUGACA